AUGCUAACACGACUUCUGCUGCAGUUGGAGACCCACCUCGAGGAGCAGGAGAACAAGCACAGCUCAGAGCAGCGCUCUCUGCGCAACGUCGAUCGCACAGUCAAGGACCUACAGUCGCAGAUUGACAGACGCGAGAAGAUCAACGCCCAGCUGAACGAUGAUAUCAACAAGGCUCGAGACAAGAUUGAACGGCUCCUUGGAAACAUCGAAGAGCUGCAGCACAGCGAUUCAGAGACGCAAUUGCAGGCCCGCCGCGCCGAACGAGAGCUGCGCGAAGAGCGUGAAAAGGCACUCCGUUUGGAACGUGAACUGGAGGGAUGGAAAUCACUGCGUGUUGAGAGGGGCAGCACCAUUAGCCGAGCGCCUCUGGCUGCUCUCAGUGAUGUGGGCAGUCGUCGUGGAAGCGGCGCCUACAAUGAGCUGCCCCAACGGAAACCGAGUAAUACCAAGGGGUUCCUUUAA